UCAAGACACUUUGUGUUAAAAUUUUCCAAAAGCUGUUGUAAAAUAUUUUAAAAUCUUGUUUUUAUUUUAUCAUUAAAUGAAUUUGAAUAAUCAAGUAAAUUAGUUUAAUAACUGAUAUUUAAAUGUGUCAAGUGCCUUAAUACAGCAGCCUGGAAUUUUAAAAAACCUGCAGCUUUGUGAUAAAAUUGACAUUAAACAAUGGGAGAAAAAGAUCAUCAUGUUCACUUUAGUGGAGGUAGCGGUCUUGGAUUUAAUAAUAUUAUGAUACAGCCGCAACGUCAUGGACAUUUGGAUGCACAUUUAGGAUUCUUACAACGUCACCACAGGUAUCACAUAGAAUUCUCGAUACCAUGGAACAAGUGCAUACAUGCGGAUGACAAAUCCCAAGUACCAGCGGCGAUAGUGGAGAAUAAUAGCAGCUCAAAUUGUAGAGUGAACGAAGUAUUCCAGGAGAAAGACGACCUAAGGAUAAAGCUUGAAUUGUUAGCCUACGACGAAUUUCUUAAGGAAGUUAUCCAGUUAAAGUGCUGCGAGUCCGGCACGCCGCUCAAUGUCGCGGUGAAAGCCCGAGUCCUCAGCAGAGACAAAGGGACCCCGGUGCUGAGGAACGGGAUCCACAGCAUCGGCAUCGAGCCCAGUGAGGAACAAGACGACGACGAGUCUGAGUAGUUUUUGGUCUACUGAGUAACAAAAAAAUUGUUUUAUUUAAAUCGAUGGGCUACUAGACAUGAAAUAUUUUCAUUGUAAGGUAUCCCAGUUGGUCCGUCGACAAACUCGCAAAUAUUAAAUCCUAGAUUAACAAGAGGAUGACAAUUGCUUCUAGGAUUCCCCCAGUUGCCUGUAAAGGACAUCCAGGAUGGCGCCGUCGAGGGAUUUUCGGUGGGAAUCACCUCUAGGUUCUUCCAAGUCUGCCAGGGAGUGCCGAACCCACUCUCGUCGUACAGUCUAGGUAUUCUUACAAACUUGUGUUUACCCGGGGCCGUCCACAGCCCGUGGGAGCCCUUGGCGCUGAAGAGAAUCGGAUGCGAGCCACUGGAGGUGAAAACGCGCUCAGGAAAUAUGGGCUUUUGGAAAAUACCCUUCCGCGUUUCUUGACUCUCGUAAAUGAAAGUACCGCUUCUGAUGUCGUACCGGUAAUACGCUCCGGCGUCGUGAGCAGACACAUACAUCGCCACAGGAUGAUCAUCUCCCUGCAAUAAUUAUCGUAAUCAUCAUUAUCGUAAUCCAUCUAAUCAUCAACACAUAACAAGUUUAUUUAUGAGUUCAUGAUCAGGCAAUUUAUAUCCUGUUAAAUUGCCUUUAAAGUUAAUUUAAAAAUAAAUUAAAUAAAUAAAAAUAUAUUAACUGACCGCGAAGUAAAGACUCAUGUGUUCCCAAUCGCCCACGUGAUUUCCAUACUCUUUAAGUUGACCGAGACAGACUCCCUCCACACUUGGUAUCGGCCAUGUGCCAAAAAAACCGAGAUCCAGAACACAUACAGCCUUUCCCUCACUGAACGGAUAGAACAUCCAAUAGGUCACGUGAAAGUUCAGCUUCCGCGACCUCUUUCCCUUGGAGAUCAAUUUGCUCACUUCCCCGUGAUUACUUCCUUCAGCUUUCGUCAAGAUCUCGUUGCUCUGGACCACCGAGUCCUCCCGUCCGACCCGCGAAUAAGCGACCGCGCGCUUACGUUUUAUUCUCCUGCGGUCGCUGGUCACCAAAUUAGAUUUCGCGGACGAGUCGAGACAGUUCUGGACCAGGGCAUAAAUUGGUACCGUACCAGGCUCCUUGCCGUACAGAAAUGACGUCUCAUUAGACAGCAGCGUCUCUGAAAGUAAUAACGUUAGAAAGCUUAUUGAUAAUUCAAUUUAAAUCGUGACUUUUAAUAAAAUUGCUGAGUCAAUAACUCACUAACGUCAACACGUGUCUGUAGGUAAUUGUCCCCGGCCUGCACGUGCUCCAAGAACUCCGGGACACUCAGCGGCAGGAAUCUUUCACCAGGUGCCAGCCACACGAGCGGGGCCCAUCCACUUAUAAGUCCUCUUACUGUUGUUUAAAAAUUAUUAUUUUUAUUAUUUAUCUCAAUAAUAACUUUCUUCAUUCCCCGAAAUACAUAAGAGAUAAACACCGACAGCACGCGAUUCCGUACACUUUCUAGAUAUCUUCAAUUACUCAGCUAUUACGUAAAUAAUAAGAGUAACUCCCGUUUUAUAAACUCCCGGAUUUUAUUUAAUUCAUACACUUCCGUUAUAAACACUUCCGAUUUAUUUUUAAAUAUUUUUAUAACUGUAUAAAUAAAUAAAUAAAUACGUUUCUUUUUUUUAUGAAUAAUAAAUAUUAAAAUGUUAUUUUUGCAAGAGAUAAUUUCAUUUUGUGGGUGUAAUUAAUAAUGUCACGUCAUUUAAAUCUCAUGUUUAUAAUAAUACCGUUACAUUACAUAUAUAUAUAGAUGUAAGAAAUCAGUAAAUGAUGAGGAGUUUUUCCGGUUAGCAAACGAGUUCACCAAUAAAUAAAAUACUCGAUGAUACAAGUUUCCUGAAGGUGAUCAACAAGGCUAGUUAUUGCAGUAGCAAGUGGCACGACCACUUGACGGCACGAGACAUAGUCCUAUUAGACCGAUACUGUCAAUUUAAUAUGUAAUGCUUGGCUUUACUCGCUGGUUACUUUAACGAGGGCACGUUAAAAUAUAGUUUUAAAAAAAUAUAAAUAAAUAAAUAAACUUACUGCGUUUGUCGUGAUUUAUUCUCGAGGUACAUGAACUUGUGUUGAUAAUAAUCAUCAGUAACAGCCGUAUCAUAUUUUAUUUUGCGCAUCUUGUUCAGAUUAAUAAAAUCACCGGCAUUUUCGAAACUUAUUAUUAUCAAUAAUAAAAUAAUAGAUUGGUUGGUGAUGGGACAGCACUGGGUACUGAGUACUCUAGUGAAACCUCCGCAAGUGACUGACUGAAUGUUUGAAACAGUUCCUCAAGCCGUUCACCGGCAAGCGCAUUAGGGUCGUCAGCGGUAUCAGCCAGUUAACAGUCAGCAGCUUACAUACAUCUUGCACUGGCACAUGUAGACGUGCUUACCUUUUUACCUCAGGAAAACAAGUUUGGAAGCUCAUGUCGGAAUUUUACGGAAUGUCCAUUCGGUACUUAAGGCCAUUCUCAGACAAUGCCCCCCACUUUUUAAAAAUUUUCAAUGAUUUUGAUCUGUCAUAAGCGUAUCAAAUUUAUAUCAAUUAAUUAAAAAAAAAUUAAAGCAUUAAUUGAAAAAAGGACAACGUAGUCGUAAUUUCGCCGAUAUAUAGAUUUAAAAAAAAAUUAUUUACACUUGAUAUCAAUUAGGAGUUAAACAAAAUUCGUUAAAUAAAUUUCAGUAAAAUCGUCAUGUCAAUUUUAUAAUUCGAAUUUUUAAAUUUUGGCGGCUAAAAUUUAUUCAAAAAAUUUCG